GAGGGGAGGGGUAAAAAUGACAGCUGCCUGAAAGUUAUCCGUAAUAUAUGGCAGUCUAAGGCGGAAUAGUUUUAAUUUUUAAAAUACUUUAAUGGUGUGGUAUUUUUUAAUUCCGAUUACAUUAAAAAACUAUAAUGUCGACGACAGAAGGGGAUUUGGACAUAGAAGUGUCCCAUGAACUGGAGGAAGGCGAGUUAGUGGAAUCUGACGUUGAAGAAGGCACAUAUAUUCCCCUUGCACGGCCAGAGACUUUUAACCCGCCAUCCUUAGUAAAUAUGCAGAUACAGGAUGAGUUGAGCGAUGAACCUUCUCAUGAAGAGUCAUCAGGAUCAGAAUCUGAUGAGGAGCCACGCCGCAGAGCCAAACGAACCAAGUUACGCUUACGAAGAUCACAUCAGCAGCAGCAACAACAAACAAAACGAGAUAAAUAUAAUGUUUGGUGUAAAACAGUGCAGGAGGAUCUCUUGACAGAGGAUAUGGGAAGUAUAGAUGUGACAAAAAAAAGUGAUUAUGGUGUUGAAUCUUAUGAUUAUACAAUUAAGUAUAGGCUAGAUGAUAAUUAUAUAUCGAAAAAAGUUUUUUCAAAUGAUCAAAUACACAACAGAGACAAUACAAGUAAUAAAAGAAGGCACACUGAUAGAACAAAUGUAAAAUUAAGACUUGGCAAAAAAGUAAAUUGCAAUCAGCCUCGUGAAGAAAAACAAAAGCCAAGGUAUUUACCUAAUUUAACAGUCACCACAGAAGAUCCGAUAGAAAAUAUUGCAGAGGAAAUUGCAGAAAAAUUAUCAGAAUCAAAGAAGGAAUUAGUUGUAAGAAUUCUUCAAGUGGUUGGUGCAAGUAAAGCAAUAGAAUUAUACAAAGAGACACAAAGAGUGGAAGCUGAUGGUGGCAUGCUUGUCAUGAAUGGUACUCGUCGCAGAACAUCUGGUGGUAUAUACUUCUUCCUCCUAAAGCAUGAUGAAGAUAUAUCACAGGCUAUGAUCAGUCAGAUAUUUGUCGAGGAUCGGAAGACAUCAGCGCGUAAGGUCAAAAAGGCGCUUGCUAAGAAUCGUCAGAAAAUUAUGGAAGAAUUGAAACAGAGCUUAACAGAUUCUGAACUACCCUCACUUUUAUCCCGGGGCGAGGCGACCGUGCAAACAGAGCACGGCUCCAACCCGCCGCCAUCGCCAGCGACAGACGCACGUGAGUGCUCGAGCGACACAGAUGCGCCGCAGUCACCCUCUCGGCCGCAGGCCAGUCUGCCUGACAGGACAGAUCGAGACCCCAGACAACUUCACACAUAUGAAGACGAUGAUGACUUCUUAGAAGUGAUGUGCAAUGAAGAAAUGGAUCUUUUCUGAGUUUACCUGGUGCUUUAAUUGCCUCAAAGUGGAGUUCUGAUGAAUUUGAUUCCAUGUGAAUUGUUUUUUAUGAUUAGUAAAAUCAUAAACAAAUGUGGUAUCUAUGACUAAGAUAUGUAUCAUUAUUUUGAAUUGUUAUUGGGUGCUUGCAAUGAUUUGAUCAAAUAUUUCAAUAAGCAUGGAUAGAAAUAUCAUUGGUGCAGGCACCUGGAAUGGUCUACACUUGAUAAGUAUCAAAGGUGUUGUUUUUUUUGGAAUUAAUGCUAUAAAAAAAAAAUCUGUCUCACAAUAUUGUGUGUUCAUGGUUACAUGUGGUAUAGUCAGUUUUAAUAUUUUUAAUAGUAUAUUUCAUAUUAAGGAAUAUAAUUGAAAGUGCUUUUGUAAACAAUAUUCACUUGAUGUUAAGUGGGCAACGACUUAUCAUUGUCGGCAACAAAGGUAUGGAUUCACUGCCAGUCUUUUUAUAAAGUAGAAAAUGUGGAUAAGUAAAAUGUUGAGAAAGAUUUAGUAGACAUACCUCUAAUUUAAAUGAGGUAAAUUGUCUAAACAAUAUACCACACAAUUGGAGUAAUAGAAAGCAGUUAUUUCUGUUCCUAGGUACCCCAAUGAUGUAACCUAGUUUUAAAAUAUGACCCAUAAAAUAUGUAAGUGAAGAAUAUAAGUGUUUGUUCACAUUUUAUCUAUCAUUUUUUAUUAAUAAAAAAAAAACUAAAGUUGCCAAUGUUUACAUUUUACUUUGUGAUAAAAUAAUUGACUUUUGAGCAAUCAGAUGGGUCUGUGGUCUAGUGCUGGAUAAUUUGAGAGGUAAUUUUCGCUGAUAUGUAUAUCUGUUCUAUUGUGACCUAAACAACUCUUGUCAAUAGUUUCAAGAAUCAGUUGGGUUGAUUGUUUUUAAAAGUAUUGCUUAUUACUGUAUAUAGAUACACGUCCAUUGGAUCGCGCAAGACCCAAUGCACGCACGGCAUGCAACGGAUUUUAGUUAGCUUUAUAUGAUUUUACAUAGAUUUGCGUCCAUUAUCCACGCCGCCCGCAUCAUAUCAAGACAAAGCUAAUCCGUUUAGCCCGUGCGUGUGUUGCGACUGGCACGAGCCAAUGCACACAUACCUUUAAUUUUACUUUUGACAUCUCAAUUAUGUAAGAGACUUGUCUUAAAUAUUGUUUUAGUUUUCAAUACAAUUUCAUGUAGAGAAUAGCAUGGGCAUUAUGAUGUUCUCAUCCGCCUAUAAAAUUAUUUUUGUAAAAAAAAACCAUUGUCUAUGGUUUUGAGUAUUUGGGCUGUAAAAUUAGCUAUAUUUGUAGACAAUAAAUAUUUUUAUUAUUUAGGUUUUCCUCUCAUGUAUACUCCUACCAUUGAAAUAUUGUUUAAUUAGUAAUUUAUUGUGAAAGUGUAAAAAUCCUAUUGUUAAGUGGUCCAGAGUUUUGUAUUUUUACAUUAAGAAAGAUUUACGAAUUGUGAGUUUUUCAUAGAAUUGUGUGAUCAGUGUGCGAAAUGUUACUAAACAAACUCUGGAAUAUUUGUAUAAUAAACAUUUUA